AUUUUUGUUCUGGUUGUGUGCAGAGAUGUGCUUUUUUCUCGACUUCCUUGCAACUACGGUCUGUUCCCUGGCCUGGUGUGAGCUCCUUAAAUGCAAACACUGUGUGUCAUUCCUUGUCAGGCCUGCGGCACCUGUCCCACGCCAGCGCAUCGCAGGAGCUCAGACCAGCCACAAGAAGAGACCUAUGGGGACAGAACUGGCAGGAUCCCGCACUCGGAGCUUCCGUUUCCUCUCCUCAGGCACCAGCACAAUCACCCAAGUACGUGGCCUCCCACGGAGACAGGCCCGCGGAGGCAGUGGAACCCAAGCCGUCCGGACGCAGGAUGACAAAGGAAGCACGGCCCCAGGCGCAGCAGUACUGGCCACGCUCUCUCAGCUCCCCGGACACAGGGGCCGGGGAGAGCACAGGGCCAGCAGGGCGGCAACACGGGCCGCCUGGGACCCCAGGGCGGGGCCUCACCCAGCAGGCACCAGGCUUAUUGCGUCCUUUGUGGCGGAUUCGGUUCUAAUGGAGCCAGUCAGCUGGACUUGGGAUCCCGGUGCGGCUGAUCUCCCGCUACCUAACAUUGGGCCACUGCCGGGUCUAUGUGGAGCCUUAUUUCCCGUGUGCACGCGGCUGAGAGCAUCCUCCGCUUACUGCAGUGAGGGCGAGGGCGAGGUGAGAGGAGGUUUGUGAGAGCUCCGGUGUCACCUGGCUCAUCGAGACCCUGUCCUUCCCUCCUCCCGCCUGUCCUUGGGGCCCGAUGACACCGUCCUCCCCGACACAGCAUCUGGGCCCGGAGACUGGGCGGAGGCCGGGACCUUUCCGGGUGCCCCACUGUCCACGCAAGUCAGCAUCUGAGACUGAGUAGCGCCCGAAGGGACCUUGUCACUUCCUCCUUCCUUCGCCCCGCACCAAAGUGUCUAUGAACGUGGCAUGUUUCAAAGGCAGCCAAAAAGCCUUCCCUCUGCUUGCCUCCCACACCGAUAGAAGCAAAGACGGACU